CUUUCUGACCUUGUCUCCUGCGCCGCGAACCUUACAUUUGGUGCCAAAACCCAGGAGGUGCAAGCACCCCAUCCGACCGUCCCCCUACAGUCUGGGGUGCCAUCCUCUCCCUUCUCAUGGCUCAGGAUCCCCCGGCUUCUCCACCCCGGUGAGCGUCCCGGAGGGGCCUCCUCCUCCAAUCAGACGCUCAAGGCCUGUCCCCCUCGCAAGCGGGGCCGCCCCCCCAAGUCAGGGCAGGAGCCCCCACUGGCCCAGGGGGUGACAGCCCCAGUGGGCAGCGGCGGAGAUGGCAACGACCUCCUGCUGAUCGAUGAUCAGGGUGUGCCCUAUACCGUCUCAGAAGGGGCCUUGGCUGACGGGCCCGAGGGCUCAGGCCCCAAGAAGACCCCCCACUUCUGCCCGGUGUGCCUGCGGGCCUUCCCCUACCUCUCGGACCUGGAGCGCCAUAGCAUCUCGCACUCUGAGCUGAAGCCACACGAGUGCAAGGAUUGUGGCAAGACCUUCAAGCGGUCCAGCCACCUGCGGCGGCACUGCAACAUCCACACGGGCCUGCGGCCCUUCCGCUGCCAGCUCUGCCCCCGCCGCUUCCGCGAGGCUGGGGAGCUGGCGCACCACCACCGUGUCCACUCCGGGGAGCGCCCCUACCAGUGCCCCAUCUGCCGGAUGCGCUUCACAGAGGCCAACUCGCUCAGGCGCCAUGCCAAACGCAAGCACCCCGAGACCAUGGGGGCCCCCGUGGGUCCCCCAGAACCAGGGCCUGAGCUACCGUGGGACCACGAGGGCAUACUGGCCACAGAAGUGGCCAAGGAAGAGGAGGAGGAGCCGGAGGGAAAAGAGCUGGCCUGACCCACACCCCCGGCCAGGUUUAGGGCUGGGGGUUCAGGUGCUGCGCCUGGGUCGUGUAGCCCAGACACCCUCCUGUCUGGUGGGAUUCUUGUUGUGGGAGGGGAUUUCAGGUGAGGACCGCAACUUCUGGUGGGCCCUGCUGCCUUCUGCCAC